AUAGUCCUGACUGAUCUCUUUGAAUUUCCACUUCUGGUCUCCAGGAUCUAGGUGUAAGAUGAAAGGCGCUGGUCUUGCCUUUGGACUGUUCUCUGCUGUGGGUUUUCUUCUCUGGACUCCUUUAACUGGGCACAAGACCCUCCAUCUGGGAAGCUGUGUGAUCACUGCAAACCUACAGGCAAUACAAAGAGAAUUUUCUGAGAUUCGGCAUAGUGUGCAAGCUGAAGAUGAAAAUAUUGACAUCAGAAUUUUAAGGACGACUGAGUCUUUGAAAGACAUAAAGCCUUCAGAUAGGUGCUGUUUCCUCCGCCAUCUGGUGAGAUUCUAUUUGGACAGAGUAUUCAAAGUCUACCAGACCCCUGACCACCAUACCUUGCGAAAGAUCAGCAGCCUCGCCAACUCCUUUCUUAUCAUCAAGAAGGACCUCUCAGUCUGUCAUUCUCGCAUGGCAUGUCAUUGUGGGGAAGAAGCAAUGGAGAAAUACAACCAAAUUCUGAGUCACUUCACAGAGCUUGAGCUUCAGGCAGCUGUGGUAAAGGCUUUGGGAGAACUAGGCAUUCUUCUGAGAUGGAUGGAGGAUAUGAUAUAGAUGAAAAUGGCGAGGCUGCUGAGAACACUCCUGUCCAGAGUCCCAGACCUCAGCACCACGAAGACAUGGCCUCAG